UCUUCAAAACCUCCUCUCCCUUAUCUUUCCUGCCUACCCCAAGAAUUUGAUCUCUUUCUCUCUCUUCUCUCUCUCUCUCUCUCUCUCUCUCUCUCUCUCUCCUCUCCUGGUUCUGAAAGCCUUGUGUCUACUUCAAAGUUCAUAACAUUUGUUCUUCUUCUUUCUCUCCAAUGCUUAAUCUACAAACCUACAGAUUCAAUCAUGUCUCCGGUACUCAGUGAAAUCCUGCUCUCUGGGUGUAUGAUAAACUCCACCCUCCUUCGCAGAACCCACCUUGUCCAAUCCUUCUCUGUUGUUUUCCUCUACUGGUUUUACAACGUUUUAUAAACAAUUUUUUUACUUUUUUCUUAAUUAUUUUUUAAAUCUAGCAUCUGUGUUUUUCAAAUAAUAACUCUUAACUUUCUUGGGUAAGUUUAGGUUUUUUUUGUUUUUUUAUAAGCAUAUAAGUAUUUCAGACAUGGCUUCUUCAAGUGGGGUUUCUUCAGAGUCAAGCAAGCUCCAAAACUCAGGAUCUGAUGAAGAUCUUAACCAAGUCAUGGACCAGAGAAAGCGCAAAAGAAUGCUGUCCAACCGGGAAUCGGCACGUCGAUCCCGGAUGCGAAAACAGGAGCAUAUGACUGAUCUGACCGCUCAGAUUGGUCUCCUGACAAGGGAUAACAACCAGAUCAUCACAUCCAUGAACGUGACCAACCAGCUUUACAUGAAGCUCGAGGCAGAAAACUCAGUCCUCAGAGCUCAGAUGGAUGAGCUCAGAAACAGAUUGCAGUCUCUCAAUGAUAUUAUGGAUUGUAUUAAUUCAAGCAAAUGGAUCUAUGAGGAAGAAGAUAAUCAUAAUAAUAUUGGUGGAGGUGAUGGGUUUCUGAACCCAUGGAGUGCUGGCUUUUUGAAUAAUCAACCAAUCAUGGCCUCUGCAGACAUGUUUAUGUGCUAAACUCAGUCUGGUUAAUCAUGGAUUAAGUGAGAGAUUAGUGAUACUAAUUGAGGUGUAACUACUUAGAACAUCCAUGUCUUGUGUAAAUUUGGUCGUACAAUGAUUGAUGAGUAGGUUAUGGGUUGUUGUUUUACUGUUGAACAUGUAAGGAUGUAUAAGCGAUCACUUAUCUUUUGGCUUCUGGUUUUGUUGCCAAUUUAUUUAUUUAAUAAAAUACUUCGUGUUUGUAUA